AUGGGUUUCAAGAAUCGCGAGAUAUAUCACAACACAGAUUGGGAUGCUGUCGCUAAGAACCCGGAGGUAAUGGGGAAAAUGGUUGGAGAUUGGCUGGUACACUAUGACCCAGAACAAUACGCAUAUGAGAACUACAACAAGUGUGCAGGGCACCUGCAUAGGGGCUAUGAAUAUAGUCCGUGGACUGUCAAGGAGCUCCUGGGUGCUUCGGAGAGUGGCGAGCCUGUUCAGGAUGAAGGAGAUUGGUCCUAG